CCGUGUUCAAGACGUUCUUAGCCAGUCGUCGCGUAUCGUUCUGGUGUGCGAAUCAUGUCAAAUAGUUCAGAGCAAUCAAGUGUGUAAAAUAAACUGUACUCCGAUUGGCGAAAUGGAUCCAAAAAAUGGUGAAGAUAUUCGUCGAAAUAAUAAGUAAAACAAGAAUGUAGUGCGGGAGCCGAAGUUUCGUAUGGCCGUUGGAACGGUGGUCACAGUCUCGGAGGAGAAAUCAUUUCGUCUAUUUUCACGGUCGUCCAUCUUGUCUUGUGCCACGCCAAUCAAACUCCACACAGCAUACUAUUUUAUGUACUCAUAACCCCUAAACUCGGUGGAAACACCGAUACAGGGAAAAUCGAGUGUAGCAGCAUGGAUGCUAAUGUAGCGGUGGAGGAGGACUUUUCAUUUCAACUCGGUGAAAUGUUCGACAGCUACGAGGAACUCGAGCAAAAGUUAGAAUCAUUUUCUAGGCGGAGUUUGGUCCAUUAUUGGAGAAGGGACAGCAGAACGGUCAGCGGCGCGCAUAUGAAAACAGCCCGACCGAUCAGCGAACGGCUACGCUAUUACUCCGUCAAAUAUGCCUGUAUUUACGGCGGCCAGAAGUUCCUCCCACGGGGAGCCGGCCGUCGGCAGUCCCAGUCUAUUCGAACAAAUUGCCCCGCACACAUUAUGCUCAGAGCAUCAAAAGAUGGAAAAAAAUUGGAGGUGACAAGUGUCAAUAACGAACACAAUCAUGAAAUUUCAGAGGAACUCUUCAAGAACUUGCCGCAGGAAAGGAAACUUUGCGGUGAAAUAAAGCAGGAAGUACAGGAUCUCAUGCAAUUGCACAUUGAUCGAAAAAGGCUGAAAGAAUAUGUACGAUUACGUACCAACAAAGUAUUGCGAUCUAAAGAUUUGUUCAAUAUCGCUGCUGCGAACAAGCAAAAAAGAGAAAUUACCCCAGAAAGAGCCUAUCAAUUAUUCAAAAAGAUUCACGACAUAGAAAAGUUGCAGGGAUGCAAAAGUGGAUCAAAACGGUACUCAGAGUCAGAGGAUGAGAUUUCAGAUAGCAUUAAGAAGAUUAAAAAGGAACAUGAAUCGCCUUGGGGCCAGGAUCAGAGGCUGGUAGAGCUGGAUGCGAGUGAGGAAAAUGACGGAGAGGACUGCUAUACGGCUCAGCUCACGCAAGAAGAAGUGGUUGACGAUAUUGAUGUAUCUGAAGAACAUCUACUAACAGCAAAUAAUCAAGGGGAAAUAAUGACCGCUGAUGGGGAAAUAGUUGGAGAAUUAGUAAUGGAGGAUGGCGAUCCAUCGGUAAUAGUCGAAUCAAUUGUUAAUGCAGAUGGUUCUGUUUUUGUUGAUGAACGAGAAUUCAACAGCUACUGUGAUAACCAUCUGUCCCAUCACGUUGUUGACGACAGUCAGUCAUCUACUCCACCAGUAAAUCUAUUGUCCAUAAUCAUCUACAUCUCAGUUAUAGACAUUACUUCGUUGACGGGGACUUCAGAAAUCGACAAAAUCACAACUUCACAAGCAUCUCCUAAUCAAUUGCAACGACAUAGAUCAUUGUCACCUAGAUCCCAAUUUGACCCAAAAUCAUCUGAAACAUUCAGCGAACCUGCAGAGUCUAGAAUUUGGAUUAUGAAGGAAGCCGCGGCGGCUGAGUCGGAGCCAGAAAGUAGUCUAGAAAGCGAGGCCAACAUGAUGAAGUCGCCUAAGAACCACAAGGACGACGUUGAACCUACGAAUGUUAUUUUAUCUGAAGAAACUAGCCAUCAACUUCUGCAAGAACAACUGGCAGUGCUCAGAGCUGAGAGGGGAAAAUUAUACCAUGAGACUGAAAUGCUGAAGCUGAAAAAAGAUAAACUAAAGAUACAGAUGAAUUGCUACUCAAACGAAAUUCGAAAGCAAGAAAUGGAAAAAGAGAAACUGAGGCUUGAAAUUAAGUUAUUGCAAUCUAAAGUUAUGGAGGAGGCGAAUGACGUUUCACAUUACAUUUUCGUGCCUUAG